AUGGGCAAACGGGAAGAGAUGCCAGUGGGUGUGCUGGGGGCUGCACCCGUGGCUGGUGGGGCCACACCCAUGGCUGGAGUGGCUGCACCUGUGGCUGGUGGGGCCACACCCAUGGCUGGGGUGGCUGCACCUGUGGCUGGUGGGGCCACACCCAUGGCUGGGGUGGCUGCACCCGUGGCUGGGGACGCAGCGCAUGUGCCUAGAGCAACAGCCUCUGUUCCGGAAACCCUGUUCUGUAAACUAAAUCCACCCCCUCCUCUUCUUCUAGUAACUCAGUCAAGGGAUCCGCACACCAAGGGCAGCCCAUUCAGCAGUCCGAAUCUGCAUGUUCACAAAACUGAUCAACCCACCAUCCCAUCCCUCCACCUCUCCCUCCUCUUCGUCUCCUUUCUCCAUCCCAUCCUCUCCCGCUCCUCCCUCUCCUCGCGCGCCUCCCCCAUCCUCGCUAUCAGCAUCCUCGUUACUAGUCUCUGA